AAAAGGAGGCUUGAUGUCGUCUCAGUUAUUUUUGGAUGUAUAAGUUGUGCACGGCGGCGAAGAGCUGUCAUUACCUGAAUAAAAACAGUCGGACACAGAAGUGAGAGCACUGUUUUUAUUUUUCAUGAACAGUCUCUGCUGAGCCAUGACGUCGGUGUGGAGGCGACUCCAGCGGGUCGGCAAGAAAGCCUCCAAAUUCCAAUUUGCUGCUUCCUUUCAAGAACUGAUCAUAGAAUGCACAAAUAAAUGGCAACCAGACAAACUGAGAGUGGUGUGGAUAAGAGGAAACAGACGUUAUACUACAAAGCUCUUCUGCUGGCAGCCAGAUAUGAAGUACCCCAACAGAGGAUCGGUGCUUUGGCAGGUUCCAGAGAAUUUAGACAUCACUGUCACACUCUUCAAGGAACCUAUGGCAGAAGAGUUUGAAGACAAGGAUUGGACCUUCAUUGUUGAAAAUGAGACAGAGGGCCGCAGGAAAGUGUUAGCAUCGGCUAACAUCAACAUGAAAAUGUAUGCCAGUGCAACUCCAGCACAGUAUGAAGUAACACUGAAGCUUAAACCCCUGUCCGUGAAAGUGAUUGAAGCCACGCUGAAACUGAACCUGUCUUGUGUCUUUCUUAAGGAGGGCAAAGCCACGGAUGACGACAUGCAAAGUUUGGCCAGUUUAAUGAGCAUAAAAAAAGGUGACAUCGGUAAUCUGGAUGACUUUAAUGAAAGUGAAGAUGAAGUCAGUGAGGAGACAAGAGCCAGCGUUUGGAGUGGACAAGCUACUAAUUUUACUGCAUCAUCAUCUCUGCCUACUGCUCAGUCUCAGUACCAGAAGCUACAGGGAGAGAGUGGAAAGGCUUCUUCCUGGGGAUCUGAAGUCCCCCACACGGAAGAAAACCUCUCAAAAAGUUAUUCUAACCCCUUCUCUGUCCCUCACCCAUCCCAAAAUGCUAUUGCCCUCCCUAGUAGGCAGGAUGCAGAAUUCAAGAGACAGCAGAGCAAUCUUUCUAAAGAGGCUUCUCAAUGCACAAUUCCUACAACAUUUGACCCCACAGGCUCCUUCAAUGUAAGGCAAGAGCUGUGCAGAGCAUCGGAGUCAACAAAGAAUGCAACAAAGAAGAUUAAAAGGGAGGGGGUAACUUCAUUCACAAGUACCAGUCUUCGCACAGAGAGUACACACGAUGACAAAGAUGAUACAAAGCAAUGCAUAGAUGUUUGUCAAGAGAUUGAGCAAUUGGAGGAGGUAAAGGAAUCAUCCUGUCUACCAGUACCCAUUCGACAAAAUAAGAAGCGUUUGAGUGGUUCUUCAUUUAGUGGCACCAAAUCAGCAGUUACUCCAACCAGUGAACAUAGAAAAGCUAAAAGACCACAAGAUAGUGCUGCCUCUCCAACUAUGACCAGACCCAUCUUAGGGACAUCUUCUCUCUCUCUACUGGAGUGGUGUCAGGAGGUCACACAGGGUUAUAAGGGAGUAAAGAUCAUGAACUUCAGCACUUCCUGGCGGAACGGUCUGGCGCUCUGUGCCAUCUUACAUCACUUCCACCCUGAAAAAAUAAAUUACGAAAUGCUGGACCCGUUGGACAUCAUGCACAACAACAAAACGGCCUUUGAUAGCUUUGCUGAACUUGGCAUUUGCCGACUGAUGGAACCCUCAGACAUGGUCACGCUUCCUGUUCCCGAUUGCCUCAUCAUCAUGACAUACCUCAACCUGAUCAAAACUCAUUUUACUGGCCAGGAUCCCAAUAUCCCUAGUAUAAAGAAGGAGAGCUGUGAGUCUAGCAAUGUAGCAACAGGAGGAAAAGAGGGCCGAGCAGACCUGGAGGCAACUUUUUCCUAUUACACUCAAAGACUCCACGAGGAACGCUUUCGUCCCGAGAUCAUCGCUAAUACAAGCAAAGCAGAUAAUGAAAGCAAAAGCCGUUGCAAUGUGGUUCCACCUCCUAGAACCAAACGGUUACCAGUUCCAGUGGCACCACCCAGGACCUAUUUCCUGUCCAAGUCAGACUCCUGUCCUAUCAAAGACGCUGAUCUUGUGAAGAAACAUAUGUCUGAGCUUAGCGGUCGGACGGUGGAAAAAAGAGACCUAACAGUGACUGAACUUGCAGGAGAUGACUGGAGGGACAGACAAACUGAGAGAUCAGAACUUGUAGAGGAGAAGGUAAUACCGAAAGGCCAGGACCAAAGCCAAUAUGUGUUGAAUCAGAUGGAAACCUUGGAAUCAGAACAAAAGCACAUUGAUAACAGGGCAGCAGUGGUGGAGAGAAAACUCAGACAGUUACUCGAAACAGGCACUGACAAGGUGGAGGAAGAAAGGUUAAUUCAGGAAUGGUUUACGCUGGUCAACAAGAAGAAUGCUUUGAUUCGAAGACAAGAUCAACUGCAACUUUUAGUGGAAGAAAAGGAUUUGGAAAGAAGAUAUGAGCUGUUAAACAAAGAGCUGAGAGACUUGAUUGCAAUUGAAGAAUGUCUGAAGACUCAGGCCCAUAAACACAGAGAGCAGUUGUUGCUACAGGAGCUUGUGACUGUUGUCAACCAGAGGGAUGAACUAGUUAAGAAUAUGGAUGCUAAGGAGAGGGGAGGUCUAGAAGAGGAGGAGCGUUUGAAUCGUGGCCUUGAACAACGCAAGAGCAAGUUGCCCAGUCUCACCUCUCCGUUGUUUUGCAAUUAUCUCCUGGACUCCACGGCUGGCGGCCAUCCCACUCCUCCGUUUCUCCGCUGCACCCGAGCCUACCUGUCCGCUCCCCGCCGCACUCCUCCGUUGUUCCUGGACCCACCAAGAACCGAGACCCCGGACAUACAUUGUUUCCCCUCCAAGACUCCGUUCCUCCACUACAAGUAA